CCCUCGUCGUUCUUCUUCUCCCUUCUCUCACGAGUCCCGCCCGCGCCCUUGUCGCCCAAUUCCUUCGUCGAUACGAUCACCCGAUCGUCUAUUAACGCUGCGGAAUGGACCGUGGAUUGACCGCCAGCGAAGAGGACUUGGUGGAAUACGUCUUCCACGACAUCAAGGCCCGGCGAGCCGGCAUCCUCAAGGCCCUCACCGCCGAUUUUGAGGAUUUCCACCAACAAUGCGAUCCUGCAAAGGAAAAUCUGUGUCUUUAUGGAUUUCCUGACGAACACUGGGAGGUUAAUUUACCUGCAGAUGAAGUUCCUCCAGAGAUUCCAGAGCCUGUAUUGGGUAUUAACUUUGCAAGAGAUGGAACGAACAAGAAGGACUGGUUAUCUUUGGUUGCUAUACACAGUGACGCAUGGUUAAAUGCCUUAGCAUCUUAUUUCGGUGGGAGGUUUCAGUUUGAUAGAACACAAAGCACCGACAUGUGGAUUUUGGGGACAUACCUGUGUCGGAGACGGAUAUGUCGCCAACACAGCUGGACAUGUGUCCUCAGGCCCUCGGCGACCUCGCUGUCAUCCGACAGACCCUUCUUCCUCACCUUCUGCUGCUGUUUCGCAAGGAAACACCUCUCAGUUAUGAUAGCUGAUCUUCCUACCUUAUGUGAAGUAGUAAGUGAAAUGAAUCUACAGAGGGUCUCUGGUUCUAAACACAGCAGUAAUAAAUCGAAGUCAAAUUCCAAAUUGAGGGCAUCAUCAGAGCAUCAGGCUAAGAAAUCAAAAUCAAAGCAUAUCAAGGAAGAGGUUGAAGACCUAAAUGGCAACGACAACAAUGACGACGAGGACAAACAUCUUUGUGCCUCAUGUGGAGGGAAUGACUCUGUAGGAGAUUACUUCUGGAUCUGCUGUGAUGCUUGUGAGAAGUGGUACCAUGGGAAGUGUGUGCGGGUCACCCCGGCAAAGGCCAAGCACAUCAAGAACUACUGUUGUCCGAGGUGCAGCCACAGCAAGAGGCGCAUCUCAUAAGGCCCACAUCUGCCAAAAGCUCUUUGAGGUAUUUGUCUCUCUUGGUUGGCAUCAUGGUAACCAUGCCAGAGUUAGUUUACGACUUACUGCAGGCACCAGGCGUUUCCCUUUUGCACGGGUUCACUCUGGAAACUUGUAGCACAGUUGGUUCUUAGUUUUAGUGAAGAUGACUCUUAAUUAUAGGGCAAAUUUUUCUUUGGUCGUGUACAGGUGUUCUAAUUCAUUAUGUCCAACAUGAUUAUAUAGUUAUUUGGAAUCCUUUCCUCUUGAGAUUUGAAA